AGAGAGAGAGUGGUGGUGGGGAGGGGAAGACACUUUGAUAAGAAGGGAGAGGGAGAGAGAUGGCAAAGCUAAUGAGCUUGAUGAGGAAAGGGUCCAAAAUUCUAUCUCCUUCCUCUAAAAUCUCACCCUUGUCAACUCAUUCUCAAAAUUAUCUUAGAGCUGCAACCAGUGUCAAGGCUGAUGCAUCGAAGCUUAUUGGUAGGACCCCAAUAGUUUAUCUCAACAAAGUGACCGAAGGGUGUGAAGCCAGGGUGGCAGCUAAGCUAGAAUUCAUGCAACCUUCCUUCAGUGUUAAGGACAGGCCUGCUUACUCUAUGCUUGAAGAUGCAGAAAAGAAUGGGUUGAUCACCCCGGGCAAGACAACAUUGAUCGAGCCGACAUCUGGAAACAUGGGGAUAGGACUGGCAUUCAUGUGCGCUCUAAAAGGAUACAAGCUUAUACUAACAAUGCCCUCUUACACAAGCCUUGAGAGAAGAGUAACCAUGAGAGCCUUUGGAGCAAACUUAGUACUCACGGAUCCUACCAAGGGGAUGGGAGGUACAGUGAAGAAAGCCUAUGAGCUCAUGGACUCUCAUAAGGAUGCUUUCAUGCUUCAACAGUUCAACAACCCUGCUAAUGUUAAGAUUCAUUACGAGACAACAGGUCCUGAGAUAUGGGAAGAUACUCUCGGUGAAGUAGACAUUUUUGUAAUGGGAAUAGGUAGUGGCGGUACUGUCACUGGAGUUGGCAAAUAUCUCAAGGCUAUGAAUCCUAAUGUCAAGAUAUACGGUGUUGAACCAACAGAAAGCAAUAUAUUGAAUGGAGGAAAACCCGGUCCACAUCAUAUUACUGGCAAUGGAGUGGGUUUUAAGCCUGAUAUUUUGGAUAUGGAUGUAAUGGAGAAAGUACUUGAGGUAUCUAGUGAUGAUGCAGUGAAGAUGGCAAGAGAAUUGGCACUGAAGGAGGGACUUCUGGUAGGAAUAUCUUCUGGAGCUAAUACUGUUGCAGCACUUAGGCUUGCAAAAAUGCCAGAGAACAAAGGAAAACUUAUUGUGACAAUUCACCCCAGCUUGGGUGAGAGGUACCUGUCUUCAGUACUAUUUGAAGAGCUAAGAAAUGAGGCCGAGCAGAUGCAACCAGUUGCUGUUGAGUGACUUUAGUUGCUCGUUCAAUCGAAGUUUUAUUGUUAAUUAAAUCGUGUAUUUUUUAAGUUGGGUGUUGUAAUUGAUUAAAUCCGAGAUUAAGUUAUUUACCUUUGAUUACUGCAAAAAUAAGUGCGGCUGAUUCAUACA